CUCUGUCACGCACUCACACUCGCUGCUUUCACUUUUCAGAGUUUUUCCUUGCUCUCUCUCUCCUCCUAGGGUUAAUAGCAGCUUUCAAAAACCCUAGAAUCUGUUCAUCUCUUUCCUUAUUGGCUUUAUUUCUAGGGUUUAAUCGUAGCUUUCAAAAAUCUAACCCUAGAAUCGUUGGUCAACAAUGUCGGACAACAUACCGAACGAAGUGGUGAUGGAAAUUCUUGGAAGACUACCAGUGAAAACUCUUCUUCGAUUCAGUUUAUAUUUAUGGAACCCCUCUAUUAGGAAAUUUGUUGUACUCCCAAGACCUCGUAUCACCUGCAGUUCACACGGCUUCGAUUAUUAUCGUGUUCUUGGAUUCGGAUUCGAUUCCACAACUAAUGACUAUAAGGUUGUUAGAAUUGUUUAUAUUUCUGGUGGCACUGAGGUUGACAUUUAUUCUCUGAAAGAGGGGGAUUGGAGAAGGAUUAGUGUUUCUGGUCCGGUACCUCGUAUCGAUUGUGACCCAUCUCAUGCCUAUGUCAAUGGCACUAUCCAUUGGGUUACCAGAGGCCGGAAUUGUCACAACUUCAUUGUGUUAUUCAAUUUGGGUACUAAAGUAUUCUCUCAGAUGGAACUACCAACAAGUCUACAAAGAAGUAUAGCUCAAAUUGGACAACCUCGCAGCUUGUCUCUUGCGGUGUUUCAAGACUCACUUUGUGUGUUCCAGAGUGAUUCUUACAAUCGCAAAGCGUCAAUUUGGAUGAUGAAAGAAUACUGUGUUGUGGAGUCGUGGACCAAUUUGUUUAAUCUUGAUUAUAGUCGAGAAUUUCCUCUAAGAGAAGAAUUCGGUGUUGUGGAUCCAUGGGCCAAUUUGUUUACUUAUUUUAGUAGUAGAUCUGCUCUGAGUGUUCGAGUUAUUGGGUUGAAGAGGAAUGGUGAAGUUCUUUUGGUAAAAGAUGAGAAGAUGAUUUCAGUUGACAUAAAGGCUCAAACAUUCAGGUAUCUUGGAAUCAGUGGACGAGAGGCAGCAUUUUCUGUCAAUACUUACACAGAGAGCUUAGUCUUAAUUGACAAAGCAAGUGGUUUGCAAGAAGGAUGAUAGAAGGGAGCAGGCAAGAUAUAUGUUCCCAUUUAUCAGUGUUUCUAUUAGUUGUUCCUCUAUGACAUGUAUAUGAAUGUCAUAGCAUCCUUGCAUCAAAAUACUUCCUUUAAGUCCUAGUGGCUUAUUAGCUACAGUUUCAAUGUUGAUCUUAUUUGUUACCUUAUUUGGUUUCAGUACUUGUUUUCAUAUCGUUAGUAUCUUAUUUAGACUGGGAUGCAGUUAACUCUUUAUUUAAAAUGAUGAUGUACUUAGCUCGACGAAUGGUUCAUUUAUGGCUAAUAUUCAACUCAUAUGAGACUUGACUUGGAUUU